CCCAGCUGUGUGUCCAUGAAGAGUGAUCAGUCACUGGAACCUCCCAUAAAAUUCAGAGAAGGAAAUUCUUCUACUGAUCUGAGGUCAGAAUUAUAUUUUAUAUUCUGUCCACUGAAGAGAAAAAGAUCAGACUCACCUGAACCCAGCUGUGUGUCCAUGAAGAGUGAUCAGUCACUGGAACCUCCAAUAAAAUUCAGAGAAGGCGAUUAUUCUACUGAUCUGAGAGACCAAAAGAAAUUAAAGAAAUCAAGAAGAAGCAGCAGAAAUAAGUUGGACUCCAUUUUCGAGGAGCUGGAGCAGAAAGUCGUCAUCCUGUUGAAGAAUGAGCUGAAUAAAUAUAAGACAAUACUGAGUUCAGAUUACCCAGAAUGCCCUGAGGUGAAGGUAAAGGAGGAUCAGUGUAGUUUCAGAGAGGAGGUAUUGAAGAUCACUCUACAUGUCCUGAAGAAGAUGAACCAGACAGAUUUAGCCAACACACUGCAAACCAAGCUGGUCUCUGUUUAUCAGAAGAACCUCAAAAUCAAACUGAUAGAGAAAUAUAAAAGAAUUAAUGAAGGAAUCUCACUGCCUGGAUCAUCAGUUCUCCUGGAUCAGAUCUACACUGAGCUCUACAUCACAGAGGGUUCGAGUGGCGACGUCAAUAAUGAACAUGAGGUGAGACAGAUUGAAACAACAUCCAGGAGACCAACAACACAGGAGAAACCCAUCAAAUGUAACAACCUCUUUAAAGACACGUCCAUCAGAACUGUGCUGACUAAAGGAGUUGCUGGAAUUGGAAAAACAGUCUCUGUGCAGAAGUUCAUUGUGGACUGGGCUGAAGGAAAAGCCAAUCAGGACGUUCUCUUCAUGUUUCCACUUCCCUUUAGAGAGCUGAAUCUGAUGAAGGAGAAACAUCUCAGUCUGAUGGAGCUUCUUCAUUAUUUUUUUCCAGAAUUAAAAGAAAUAAAAUCAAUAAACUGCAGCACCUACAAGAUCAUUUUAAUCUUUGAUGGUCUGGAUGAGUGUCGACUUCCUCUAAACUUCCAGAACAAUGAGACUGUGUGGGAUGUAACAGAAUCAGCCUCAGUGGAUGUGCUGCUGACAAACCUCAUCAAGGGGAACCUGCUUCCCUCUGCUCUCCUCUGGAUCACCUCUCGACCAGCUGCAGCCAAUCAGAUCCCUCCUGAGUGUGUAGCCCAGGUAACAGAGGUACGAGGGUUCAGUAAUGCUCAGAAAGAGGAGUACUUCAGGAAGAGGAUCAGUGAUGAGAACAUGGCCAGUAAUAUCAUCACACACAUGAAGUCAUCAAGAAGCCUCUACAUCAUGUGUCACAUUCCAGUGUUCUGCUGGAUUUCAGCCUCUGUUCUAGAGAGAAUGCUGGGUGAAGCAGAGGGUGGAGAGAUCCCCAAAACUCUGACUCAAAUGUUCAGCCACUUCCUGAUCUUUCAGAUCAAACACAAGGAACAAAAGUAUCAUGGGAAAUGUGACCCUGACCCUUAUCAGACCAGAGAGACGAUACUGGCACUGGGAAAACUGGCUUUCCAACAGCUGGAGAAAGGAAACCUGAUCUUCUAUGAAGAAGACCUGAGAGAGUGUGGUAUUGAUGUCAGAGAAGUGUCAGUGUACUCAGGAUUGUGCACCCAGAACUUCAGAGAGGAGUUUGGGUUAGACCUGGGGAAAGACUUCAGCUUUGUUCAUCUGAGCGUCCAGGAGUUUCUGGCUGCUCUAUUUGCAUUUAUCUGCUUCAUCAGCAAAAAUCCAACAGAACAACAAACCACUGAUCUGCCUGAUCUGUUCACCAAGUCCAGCAUGUCUGAUUUCCUCAAGAGUGCAGUGGACAAGGCCUUACAGAGUGAGAAUGGACACCUGGACCUUUUUCUUCGCUUCCUUCUGGGUCUCUCACUGGAGUCCAAUCAGACUCUCUUACGAAACCUACUGACACAGACAGGAAGUAAAUCUCACAGUAAAGAGGAAACUGUGAAAUACAUCAAGGAGAAAAUCAGGGAGAAUCCCUCACCAGAGAAAUCCAUCAAUCUGUUCCACUGUUUAAAUGAACUGAAUGAUCAUUCUCUAGUGCAGGAGGUCCAGACUUACCUGAACAGUUAUAAUUACUCAUACUCUGAUUGUCUUAGUGGAAUCAGUCUCUCUCCUGCUCAGUGGUCAGCGCUGGUGUUUGUGUUGCUGAACUCAGAAGAAGAUCUGGAGAAGUUUGAUUUGAGUAAAUAUUACAGAUCAGAUGAAUGUUUUCUGAAGCUGCUGCCAGUGGUGAAAGAAUCCAGAAGAGCUGAGUUGGAUCGUUGUUCUCUAACAGGUGAAAGUUGUGCAGCUCUGUCCUCAGUUCUCAGUUCAAACUCCAACAAUCUGAGAGAUCUGAACCUGAGUAACAAUAAGCUGCAGGAUUCAGGAGUGAAGCUGCUCUCUGCUGCACUGAAGAAUCCACACUGUACACUGGAGAUACUGAGGUUGUAUAAAUGUGAUCUAACAGGUGAAAGUUGUGCAGCUCUGUCCUCAGUUCUCUGUUCAAACUCCUCCAAUCUGAGAGAUCUGAACCUGGGUUACAAUAAGCUGCAGGAUUCAGGAGUGAAGCUGCUCUCUGCUGCACUGAAGAAUCCACACUGUACACUGGAGAUACUGUGGUUGGAUGGUUGUGAUCUAACAGAUGAAAGUUGUGCAGCUCUGUCCUCAGUUCUCAGUUCAAACUCCUCCAAUCUGAGAGAUCUGAACCUGAGUAACAAUAAGCUGCAGGAUUCAGGAGUGAAGCUGCUCUCUGCUGCACUGAAGAAUCCACACUGUACACUGGAGAUACUGAGGUUGUUUUGUUGUGAUCUAACAGGUGAAAGUUGUGCAGCUCUGUCCUCAGUUCUCAGUUCAAACUCCAACAAUCUGAGAGAUCUGAACCUGGGUCACAAUAAGCUGCAGGAUUCAGGAGUGAAGCUGCUCUCUGCUGCACUGAAGAAUCCACACUGUACACUGGAGAUACUGGGGUUGGAACGUUGCUAUCUUACAGAAGAAGGUCUUAUAUCUCUGGCUUCAGCUCUGAGAUCAAACUCCUCAUCACUCCUGAAAGAUCUGAAUCUGAGGGACAAUAAUCCAGGAGAAUCAGAAGUGAAGCUUCUCACUGAUCUACAGGAGGAUCCUCACUGUAAACUGGAGACACUAUAG